UGACGCAGCGCGUUGGUCGCGGAGGGCGAGGACGCCGCCGCCGCCAUAUUGAGAGUGAGCUCGGGAGACACCGGCUCCCUCCCCAUAGCAACAUGUCUGAGACUUACGAUUUCCUUUUUAAGUUCCUGGUAAUUGGCAGUGCGGGAACAGGGAAAUCAUGUCUCCUACAUCAGUUUAUUGAAAACAAAUUCAAACAGGAUUCGAACCAUACGAUUGGUGUGGAGUUUGGGUCGAAGGUAGUUAAUGUAGGGGGCAAGACAGUUAAACUACAGAUCUGGGACACAGCGGGACAGGAACGUUUCAGAUCGGUAACACGGAGCUACUACAGGGGAGCUGCAGGUGCACUUUUGGUAUAUGACAUUACAAGCCGAGAGACCUACAAUGCGCUUACAAACUGGCUGACGGAUGCCCGGACGCUUGCCAGUCCCAACAUAGUGAUCAUUCUCUGUGGGAACAAGAAGGACUUGGAUGCCGAUCGAGAGGUCACGUUUUUGGAGGCGUCACGCUUUGCACAGGAAAACGAGCUGAUGUUUCUGGAAACCAGUGCACUGACUGGAGAAAAUGUGGAAGAAGCAUUUCUGAAGUGUGCUAGGACCAUUUUAAAUAAAAUUGAAUCAGGUGAGCUUGACCCUGAGCGCAUGGGCUCAGGAAUCCAGUACGGUGAUGCCUCGUUACGCCAGCUGCGGCAACCAAGGGGUAUGCAGGCACAAAACAAACAACAGUGCAAUUGCUAGGCAUAGUGGCAGAGACCUGAUGCUGCAGAGCUCACGAUAAAGGAGUAGUGUACAACUCGAUCAGUUUGAUGGAAACCUUAGAACCAGAGGAUGAAGCACCGGCCUUGGCUUAUUUUUCUGGGCUUUGGUGACUUGCCUUGAGGUCUAAUGAUCCAGAGCUGCCACAUGUACAAUAUAAUGUGUGUCAUCUGCCUGUUUAGUGAGCUAUCCUUACAAUUCCAAUGUUUUAUAUAACUGUAUUCCUUUCGGUUGACCUUCCUAGCCACGUAACUCCACAGGAUGCAAAGAGGAAAAUAUAAUUUCUGCUUUAUAAAACAAAAAAGUUGAAAGUGCACACGAGAUGACGUGAAGCAGUUGAUCUCUCUUGUUGGGCUUAUUGUUAGUGAAGUGAUAUUCAACUCAUAGCAUAUUGGCCGACUCUGUGCAAUAGACUAUAUUCAUCACUGCCACUGAGUAUGUUUAUUAUUCAAAGUGGCUUUUGUAUAUAGAAUCCAUCAUUUCCCAUAUAACAUAACUGUAUUGCUACUGGCUCAAUGUAAUUUCUAAUUUAACUUCCUUAACCAAGUACAUGUUCAUUUGAUCCCAAUCUAUCUCUAGUGUUGGUCAACACAUCCUUUUUGCACUGGAUGAUUGGUCUGUUUGCUCUUAUUUCAAUCACUAAAGCCUGUCCUGGUUUGUGUUCUAGUCAUCUGCCUCCUCCCCUAACGUAGCCCUUCCCUUGCAUCAAACUAUUUUGUUUGUCUCUUGACAUCUCACUUGGCAUAUGUGUUGGAGUAACAGUGCAUUUUCUUGAGAGUUUUACAGCUGGUCUCUCAGUAUUAUCUUUGCUUCUACCUCACUCCGCUACCCUCUAUGUAGCGCUGUGCCUCAUGUGGGAGCUUAGGAAACUAUAGAGCCAGAGGUGUUCCAUUCUUCCCCUCAAGCCUGCUUCACAAUUCAGUUAGAUUCUAGCUAGCCAAUGCUGUAAAUCCAUUUAGCUGCCUUUGCUCCAUGUCCUUCUACCUUUUCCCAACAAAAUCUGACACUCUUUUGUAUUUUGAAUGACCCAGCAUCCACAGCCUUUUGGGAUAGUGUUCCAGAUUUCCCCCAUCCUUUGCAUGGGAGGAAAAGUGUUUCCAACUUAUAUACUUUGAGGCAGGUGUUCGUGUUUGGUGGGUAGAGUUUGCAGUUUGGGUAGAGAAGUCAUGUGAGUGGAAUGCCUGUUUUCACCCCCUCCUGUGUUGCAUUGUCUUUGUCUUUGUCUGCUGACUUUGGUUACAAACUGAACCUAAGAGUUCAGCUUCCAUUGUCGUUCUGGUAACAGGGUGUUAAACCUUACCUCCACUCAUUUCCUGUCUGCGUCAUUGGAGGUGAGCUGCUUUCCUGUGCCACCUCAUUCCCUCGUAUAAAAUGUGUGCUGGUCACAUGCAUUGAAAACCCAGUCUAAAUAUUUAGUGAAUUUAAAAGGAAGUCACCUUGAUGCCUAAUGCAAUGUUUGUAGUUCCUUUGCUGUGUUAUUGUGCCUUGGAGCAUCAGCCAAAUGCUGUGAGCCAAGAACGCCACUGACUGAGUAAAUCUUGAGUGCAGUUGGCUACUCUGGCUGGGGUCAGUGGUGACUCAUCAAGUUAUUACACCCAACGUUGUUGGGAAGAAAGAUUUUGUCCAUUGAGACCAAAGCAGCUUCAGACUGUGCAAAUUGGUAGGUUUGGAUCUGACCUUUGUUUUAAGAGCUGUUGCACCUCGUGUCACAGACCACCACCCCCACACUCAAUUCCCCAGCCUCUGUGCUUGCCAGACAAGGAAUUUACAUUGCUCUAUGUUCCUUUAAGACCUGAAUGUGAGCCUGACUGUUCCUUCAAUAAUCUUCCUGCUUCUGGAUUGAGCAACAAGCUCAUGUGUUGAAGGAAGUUUUGUAAUGGUUACUGCUUUGAUGCAGUGGUCACAUUGUAUUAACCCUCAAUGUAUCCAUCCAUAAAGUGUCUCGAAACUGCCCUCAUACCCAAGAAAAACCGUGAAUCUUUGAGAUUUCAUUUAUCAAGCCACAGCAACAAGGGCUGAUAAAUGAAGCCUGCAUGGGUUCUGAGACAGUAGUGAACCGUCAGCCUGGAGCGGUAAAUACAUUUACACUUCCAGUCAGCAGAUCAGACAGCACCAAGAACCUGCUGCAUUAUCACCUCUCUCCGAACAGUUGGCCUCUGUAUCGUGAACCAAAGUUGGAGUUCUGCACUGAUGGCCAUCUGCUGUGUCCUCUGUGAGCAAGGGGGUUGGGCAGGAUUGAACUUGACUCGUAGUAAAUCACUCCGCCUCAAAUCAAGCUCAGUCUGCCUCACGGAGAGAAUGUUGAUUCAUUGCAGUAUCAGAGUGGCUUUUGUUUCUUGAGUUCCACCAAUUAAAGUUUUCAUAGUCCAGUGAAAUUGGAGACAUAUGUAUUGACUGUACUUUUUUUUGCCUGUAUUGUUUGCACAUCUACCUACUGAUGUUUGCAAAUGUCCUUGCUGGUCUUUCCAUGGUCACCUUUUUAACUUAGGAUCAGAAACAAAUGAGGGCACUUAGUCAUAGAACAGUUUUACUCCUUCACAGGUAGGAAAUGUCCACAAUUGAACUAUUGCAUGAUGCUUCUUGAAUACAGUCUUGCCUCAUCAUUCAUCUGUUCCUAAUUUUCCCCAGCUGAGCAAUGCAGCCAUUGCUGGAACUCGGUCUGGAUAUCAAGUUUGAGCUAAUGCAACUUUUAAUUAGAGAGGUUGGUCAAUAAACAUGCCAAAGUUCUACAGAACUAUGCUGCUACCCUACAUGUAUAAUCCUGGUGGACUACAUUCCAUACAAUACUGUUUUACAACUUUAAUGAAACUUUACAAAAAGUUUCCUUCUAAUCACGUCAUAUAGAGCUGUCUUCAGCUUGACCUGAUCUGACUUGAGUUCUCGCCAGCCACAACAAGUUCCACUCAUCUGGACUCAACGCAGUUGAGAUUAGUUUCCCAGAUUGCACCAGGCUGAGCCUGAGCCAGACUCAACCAAACUCAACUCAUCGAAAAGGAACUCAAGCUUGACUCUGAACUUAUCCUGCCUUGCCUGCUUUGUUCAACAUCCUAAUGAUUAGAACCAACUGUGUUUUCUCCAGUGAUAAAGGUGAAAAACUUUUUUAAAAUAUGUAUAACAAUUGAGAUAAACAUUACCUGCUGUAAAACUCCAGGCUUGUAUUUUUUGUGUUGUUACAAAUGCCCUCAGUGUAGAAAAUGUUGGUUUGCUAUCUCCCCUCAUCUGAAAAAAAUUUGAUAAUUAGAGACUUGAAGCCAGUUGCAGAAUACUGGAAGGGUAACAUGUGAAUGACUGGUGAGAACAUUAUUGUACAAUGAACCUGUUUCUGCUCUCACACAUGCAUGCUUUAAUAUGUAAUGAUUUAUUCAAAGCACUAUUGCUGUAAAAUAGGGCACUGUUUCCUCAGUGAGACUGUUCCCACUUUAACCUUGAUUCCUUUGGUCUUAGCCUAUAGUUUGAACCCCUUCCGUGCAAAUCUCUGCAACAGGUGUUGGCGGUUACUGUGGCCGAAUAAGGAAAUAUUUGCGUCUGUGUUGGAUCGAGAUAUUCCAGGGUUAAACUUCCUAUUGGGAAAGUACAAAUGAGGCAAAUGUGAGAGAAUUUUAAAAUGCUAUAAGCAUAUCAGGGGGUUAGGAUAAUGAUUAAGCCACACUGUUCCAUGCUCCUGGUUUAUGAUAUCGCUUGAUCCUCUAGUAUGUUACAGAAUUGGUUCACACAGGCCCAAUGAGAUGCCCAACUCUGGAAUGUGGCAAACCAGGUGGCACUUCUGAGGUUCCUCAGGUGACCUUCCUCCAUGCUGUUCAUCUGCUUUCCCAUCUGAACCUUGACUUUUGGCGAUGGAGGUGCCAACCUGUGGUUGCUGUGCAAUGUUCUGUUUUGCUCUUCCACACCCCUUCACCUUUCACAAAGAGCACAGGAAUUCUGUGCCAGCAUUCCUUAAAGAAAGGGCCCUUAUUUGUGUGAAUGGUAUUACUGUCACCUUGUUUUCUGUAAUUGUGGAAAAGCAUUUUGCUCUGAAGUAACAGGUUCCCUGUAAGAACAGUUGAAAGCAGGUAUCUGACAAGUAGAAAUGGCAGGUGUGGCCCUCGCUGGAUGUUGCACUGUGCCCAGAAUUGAGUUGGUGGCAAUCAUCAGAAAGUUGAUUGCACUGCUGUAGAUGUUGGUACAAGUGGAUGCUUGGCAUUUUUCUUAGCUUUCAGGUUUCUGGGGAUAUGAUCCCAAAGCUGUGGAAUAGCUGAAUUUGUUGUUCUGUUGCUAUACCUAAUGAGGAGGCUUUCUCACCAGGUUGGCUGCCGAACAUUUGAGGCUGUUGGCUUUCCUACAACAGCCAGCAUUAAUGUUUUGUCACUUUGUGCAGAACCAAGUUGGGCAAGUUCCUUCAUCUGGACCCAACUCCCUGUAACAGUUGAGUGUACGGUCAGCUCUUAACCUGCUGGUGAGUUAAUGAAUGGCUCGCUGCCCUAUUUAAACCCACGAGGUCUGAUGGAACUUAACAUGAAGUGCUUCCUUGUGUUUUCAAGAGCCCAUUUAAAUUUAGCGCUGGGCCCCUAUCAAUAUGACACUCCCAUUAACCAUGAGGCUUCUCCCAGUCCUUCGUAAGUAACUUUUUUUUGUAUCCAUCACAACCAAAGAGAUGCAGCCAGUUCUUUUCCUUGCCCUGUCACCUGUUACCUCUCUGCACACCUUCUACGCAGUCUUUUGUCUUGAAUAAAAAUGCAGCCGAUCUCUUGAAGCUGAACUCCUACUAUGUCCCUCAAUCUUGGAGUCAGAGGAAUGGGAUCAAAAUGGAGUCUUUGGAUAGCUAGCGGUGAAAGCAGCUUCCCUUAACCUAAAAAAACUGUGCUAGUAUGCUUCCCUCUCUCCAUUCAUUGGAUUAUGAUGCUGAGUUUUGAAACCGAUCUUCUGGGUUUCCUAAUACUUUGAAUUAUAUCUAACAAAUGUAUAAUGUGAGCAGCAUUUCAUUUUUAUAAUUGAUAGUGUCUUUUUCUGUUCUCUGAAUAACAGGUACUGUUUUCCCCCAGUUUUUUUUUGCCUGAUGCAGUCAGUAAUACUGGAAUAUCAUUGAUAUACUCCUGUAACUUGGCCUUGUCAGGUCUCCCACACAGUUUCCCCAUGCACCUUGGGAUUGUAUCCACUGUCCAGUCAUUUUGACAGCCAUCAGGAAUCAUUCCACCCCCCACGCGCGCACGCGCACACACCGAUUUAUAUUUGCACUGCAUCUGUAGCAUAUCACUGGAAUACUCAUCUGGCUGAAGGGCAGAGCCCCUAGCAAACCGUCAGGAAAUAUUAACAUUUUGCACUUGGGACUAAACACUUGCUGCUUCAAAUGUGUCUUGCAGUGGAUUGGUUAGGGUGAAGGCCCACUUUGUCCCACCCAGCAGUCUGGAUGUGUGCAUCAUGCAGUCAGCUGGCAGGCUGUGUCUCAGUUCUGUGGGUGUGGCCUGGGGCAAUACAGUUUCCUUGCUGGGAACAAAAGGCUGGAAGACAGGCUCAAUGCUGGAGAGUUAAGUACUACAUUUCUUAUAAUUGUUUCUCUGUAAGUGGAAAAUGGAGAAUGCAAGAGGGGAAAUGUACUCAUUUGUUUGGUGAGCAUAGCUGGCUCCAGGCCACACCACUACACUUCCUUAUGCUGUGUUAUAUUGUCUGUAGAGUUGUAAUUGUCUUGUUUUCUUGGUGAGUUUGGGUCUGUGCCAUUUUGUACCCCCUCCUCUGCAGAUGUUAAGAGUUGUGUCAACUCAUUGCACAUUAAGGUUAACCUGGGUUACACCAGAAAGUGCAGUUGGCCUGACCAACAUAACUGUCAGUUCCCCUAACCUAAGUCCUGCCUGUGCUUUCUGAAGUCACUGUGCCCCUUUAACUGGCAUACAGUCACAUUUCCAUUUAUUUUCUCUGGCUGAGUGUAAGUAAGCAUGUUUCCUCAUUAUUUGGUAGUAAAGCAUUGUAGAUGUGAUCUCCCAUCUAAGUUGUCAUUGGCUGCCAGGCAGGGUGUUAUAAAUUGGUUCUGGUACUAGAUAUGGUGAUGUUGAUUUAUAAAGGAACGGGACUGGUUGGAGCUGUUAUUGCCCCAGUGAUGGAGCAGCCAGCUGACUUUCUGUGCUCACACAUAAGUAAUGGUAACUUUGCUGACACAGCAAAAUGCCUUUCAGCCUUUGGCCCAGAAUUAAGAUGCAUAUGGGCAGAGGGUAUUGAUGGCCUGUAUCAAAACUGUUCAUUUCUUGUUUGAGUACUGGAAGGAAAUUUAUCGCAGCCACACCCAGGCUAAAAUAAUCUGCCACUCCAGUGUCCCCUCUUGUGUUAUAUCAGUCUUUACUUACAAGUAAAAGCCUGAAAACUGGAUCCCUACACCCACUGUGAAACAGUCUCUCACUUGCAAACAGCACCUAUUUUUGUUGAUUGUGCUUGUGCUGCGUUCCCAAUGAAUUAUUACAACAUUUUAUUUUUAAAAAGGAUGUGAAUGAGACAAAUGCAGUUGUCUUAAUGGCCAGUAUGUAUAUCUGGAGCCCAGUCUUGGUCAGUAAAUAGAUUAGGUUUUUGAUUCUGUCUCUUGUGUUUUAUGCUUUUUUUUGGUUAAUGUUAUUUAUUUGUGUGUAUGUUUUUGCUUGUUCUUUGAUCAUAAACUGCACCUCGAGUGCUUGUGUCCAUUUGAAGGAAGAGGUCUGAAAUCCAGGCUACCUGACCUCCAAAUCUAACUGGGUAUCAGAGCACUUAAGGCUGUCAUUUUGCUGACUGAGUGGACGCUAGUUACUACUGCUGCUCCAAUUAAUUCACGGGUGGGUGUAAAUCUCCUGCAUUGUUGUACAAAUCUCAUUGGCUUCUUUCUUCGUUGCGCCAUCCUUCAGGUAGGCCCAGCUCGUCAUCACGUUGUUGAGGUGGGGACCAUGGUGAUUGUAGCGGACCCUUUCUGUCAAACCCUACCGCAUUUUUAAGUCAUCUCUGACAGGGGUACCAAAAUGAAUUGGCAGCUUUGAAAGACCCUGGCACUCCCCUUAACCCAGGACCACUCUGUGUCUAGGAGGGGCAGCAGUUGGGAUUUGGUGUCACAAACUGAGAGACAGCCAACCGUGACCUCCCAAACAGGUCCUUGUGGUCAGUCUCAUCCUUGGGACUUUCAUUGCUCUAAUCUGUUAGUUUGUUGUAGGUUGGGAAUUCUACUGAGCCCUGAGAAAUCAUUGCGUCCUAACUCAUAGCAACAACCACUUGAUUCCUUUAACCGUAUCCCUGUAUUUAGUGCACCCUGAUGCUAAGUGCAUUAACUUCUUGGGCACCCAACUUGUGUUGCCCGUUACCUUCUUGGGCAACACAAGUUGGGUUGGAGAGGGUGUGAUAUUGCAGGAGUGCAGUUGGUGAUCGGAGAGGAGAGGGAAUAGCCACAAAACAGCAAGUGAAAGGACCCCAUUUAACCCAACAAGGCUGCUUUCUAGAAUGCGCCCAAGUGAGGGGCUUUUAAUGUCAGUCACUGAGCCCAGAUCUUCCAUGUUCCCAGUAGCCAUAGCACUGCAUGGUGAAGUGGAGAGAUAUAACAGAAAAGUAAGUUGCUGCUCCUUCACCCCAGCCACAGUUGAUCAGUCAUUGAAAGAUUGUGUAAUUAGAGCUUUUUGUGUGCCCCAUUCUCCCCACUGCCACCUUGCUCGCUGUCAUCACUGGAGACAGUGGAGAAAUGAGUACCUGUCAUGUGAGAUGUUGCAGGCAGUCAGGCUUCUGAGUGUUCACCCCACCCUUUUACCACUCAAAAUCAGUCCCAGAGCUUAUCUCUGUGCAUGGUCCAUGUGGCCAAGGGAUCCCCCUUGCACAGACCCUGGAUAGCAGCAAGUUGCUCAUUGACCACACCAGAGCAUACAGUUUGGAGGAGGGUACUUCCUGGGAACACUGCAGCAGAGUUGUCCAGAAGUUCAUGCUGCAUCUCGAGCUGCAAUCUGUGCAUCCCCACUGACUCCCUGGAGAGCAGGAUUUCUGUUCACUGUCUGCACUGCCCUCAGCAAAACUGUGUCCUAGUUUUCACUUGGAUUAAAAGCCUCAUGACACGUACUCCUGUUUCCUGGGUUUUGCUUCCUGUAUUGCAUGGGAAUGUUGGGUGGGCCCCAUGGCUCCACUUCUGCCACCUGCCCUAAAAGGUUGUUGUGUUGGUGAUGUUUUCGCUUUGCCAUUGUGAAGUGCGACAGCCUCAUUAAACAAAAGGCAAGAGGGUCAGUGAGUAUCUUCGCCUUUUGUAACAUCCAGUAUAUUGGUGUUCCAUUCCUCUCCCCACUCUGUUUGUGGUUCCUGUUCUGUCAAGGUUUACCAAGAAGGACAUACGAUGGGAUGUUGCUUUUCUGGUACCUAUUAAACCAUAUCCAAGGACCGAGUGUUUCACCACUGUUCAGUGAACGCAAAAUAAAAACCUUUGUCUGUUUGUUUCCCCACUCCCCUUUCUGCGGUGAGAUCUGUGUGAUUUGAAAUGUUUUCUAUGCCCUUUGCUGUCUCAUUGAGGUGUAGACCUGUUUUAUUUUGCACUUAGCCUUGCAAAUGUCUACACAUAGGUGAGGUUGAAGUUCGCGGUGCGAAAGGUUCCUCUCUGGUGACACCUGAGACUCAGCACUCCCGCAAUCACCCCACUACCCAUGACAGUUGUUAACAUCAAUCUGGUGACAGGUGUGGGCUUCAGUUCUGGGUCUGGAGGCGUAAGUGCCCAAAGUCAGCUGACGAGUUCUGAUAGUCCCAGCAGAAAGGUGCCUGGCAUAGUCGGUCCUUCUGGAGACCAGAGUCAUGCUCUUCAUUUCUGCUUGUAUGUUCAUCACUGUCGCUGGGUGAGGGAUGAAGACUUCAUACAAACACAUGCCAAUGACACUCCUUGUGGAUUCUUGUACCUGUGUCUUAAAACUGUUUUCAUGCUGAGAGUUCAGCCUGUGGCUUAACUCUGUGGUAAACCACCCCCUUUAUACGAUGGUACAGACUAGGCGCAGUGAUAAUGUACAGUUUUCUUCUUCCUAAGCAAAAUGUCACAUAUCCAUCCCUGUGUGUGCAAACCGUCCCACAGACUGAAACGUGCAGGCAAUAAAGAAGCUGAUUGAUUGGCCAGAAGAUGAUUCACCCCUCCAAGGGGUUGAGUGAGAACUGGGGUAAGAUUCCCAGCUCUGGUUGGGUGAUUAAUCCCCAGUUCCACUAAGCCCCAGUGCAAUCGUGGGUGAACAGAAUAAACUGUCUGGUCUCUGUGGCCUUGAGCUCCAGCCUUUGAUGGGGCAGUGAGGGAAACCAGUCCUUCCCCAGUUUCUCGCACCAGCCAGCAGCCCCUCAUCAGCACCUGGAAAUUAAGCUGCGCAAUUUAAUGAUUUGAGCACAUGUACUUAAAAUCUUCAAAGAGAAGUUCCUCUGCUUAUUUUAUGCUAAAUCUUUUCCUCGCCAUUAUUGUAAUGUACUAAAAUGUGAGGGUGGCGGUGUUUUGGAAACUUUCACUGCAACGGUAGCUCAACACAUGCAGCUGAAGAUGAAUCUAGAUGACGAACAGUGGAAGCAAAAUGCAGUCACCUCUUGGGGCUAACAUGGCUUUAGUAUAAAUAACUUGAUGUGUUUUGAAGGCUGUACAGAGACUGUGCUGUAAAACCUAAUGAAUAGCACUACUGUGAUUUGGGGGAAAAGAGUAAAUCUGCAAUAAUUCCUUGUGUUAAAUUGUUUUUGGAUUUAUUUUUGCUUAUACAUACAUUCAUACAUAAAUUGCAACUUGUUUUUUUAAACAGCACGUUGCCUCAGAUGUACCAGAUUCCUGUAACAAAGUCAUUGAUUUAAUUAAAACAUAUUGACGAAUA